AUGGAUGCUGCAAAAGAAUGGUUGGAGAUCGACUUCCAUGUGCCGACUCGAACAGUCGUGCAGUCGCUCGUUGAGAAAGCAGACACCGCAAGCAUCAGCAAGAUGUUUGUGCCCAGAAUCGCCUUCGGCACUGCCGGUCUCCGAGGGCCGAUGGGGGCCGGGUACGGGAACAUGAAUCACAUCACGGUGAUGCAGUGCACGCAAGGGAUACUCGCAUACCUCGAGAAGACUCUCGGAAGCGACGAGGUCAAGGCAAGAGGUGUUGUUAUCGGCUACGAUCAUCGAUGGAGUGCGACUGGCGUCGACUCUGAAAUGAUGGCGAGGACAGCAGCUGCUGUCUGUGUUCAGAGAGGCAUCAAGGUGUACCUCUUCAGCAGCAUGGUCGCGACGCCCUUGGUUCCCUUCUGUGUGAAGCACAAGAGAUGUGCGGCAGGGAUGAUGGUGACAGCCUCUCACAACCCCAAGGAUGACAAUGGCUACAAGAUGUAUGGAGCCAACGGAGCUCAGCUGUGCGAGCCACAUGACAAGUCGAUUGCCGGACUCAUUCUGGAGCACCUCAAGCCAUGGGCUGACUACGGCACUGCCAUCGAGUCUGUCCGUGACUCUCCACUUUGUGUUGACAUCCUGGAGGAGGCCAAGGACGCCUACUUCAAGGAGAUGGCUGCGAGCUUGUGCCAUCACGCUCAAGACAACGCUGUCUCAUCGUUACCCAUCGUGUACACAGCCAUGCACGGAGUAGGGGCUCCUUUCACGGCCCGAUCCUUUGAGGCGUUCAAGCUCAAGCCAUUCUUUACCGUCUCUGAGCAGAACGAUCCCGACCCUUCGUUUCCUACCGUUGCUUACCCGAAUCCAGAGGAGGGCAAGGGAGCGCUGGAGCUAUCUUUCAGCAAAGCCUUGUCCGUCAACUCCCCUCUCGUCCUUGCUAACGAUCCCGACGCUGAUCGCCUGGCAGUGGCUGAGCUCCAGGAUGGUGGAAAGUGGAAGAUCUUCAGUGGAAACGAAAUCGGCAUGCUCCUUGCUCACUGGCUUUUCCGAAAGGCUGUUGAGAAAGGAAAGUCGCCAAACAAGCUUGCUGUAGUUGCCUCUACAGUCUCAUCCAAGAUGACUCGCGCGCUGGCUGAGAAGGAAGGCAUGCGAUUCGAAGAGACUCUGACAGGGUUCAAAUGGAUCUGCAACAAGAAAUUUGAUCUUCAACAGGAGGGAUAUGAGGUCAUCUUGGCCUUUGAAGAAUCAAUCGGCUUCUGCUGCGGAGACUUGGUGAACGAUAAGGACGGAGUCUGUGCUGCUGCAGUCUUCGCGGAGAUGUCUGUGCAACUGUACAAAGCAGGCAAGACGGUGUCAAAGCACCUCAACGACCUUUACGAGUCAUACGGUCACUUCAUCUCGCGGCAAGGAUACGUCUUGGUUCCCAACCCCAGGUUAACUGUUGAGAUCUUCGAUAAGAUUCGGAACAAGAGCAACUAUCCUACUUCAGUGGGCCCAUAUAAGAUAGCACAGGUUAGAGACCUGACAACCGGGUACGACUCGUCGACUGCAGAUAACAAAACUACUUUGCCAGCUUCUACUUCAAGCCAGCACCUGACCUUCACGUUUGAGAACGGUUGUAUAGCAAACCUGCGAGGCAGUGGCACGGAGCCGAAGCUCAAGUACUACGUCGAGCUGCACGGCAACGACCCUGCCAAGGUCACAGAAACCCUGCUGGACAUGGUGAAGCUCAUUGUUAUCACGCUGCUGGAACCAGAGCUCAACGGCCUCAAGUGGGCUGGUGUUGAGUGAAACUUGCGGGAUAACGUAUGAAGACUGAGAUGAGAGGUACAAGGAGAAAUGAAGAACAAGUGAACUCG